GGAGUAGGGCGCCCGCGGGGACACCCUACCCUGCCCCACCCCCGCCCCGUCCCCCGCCCUGCGGGCGGGCGUUGCCCUUUUCGGCGCCUCUGACCCUCCAGCCCCCACGGCGGCCGUGAGAUCCCCGGGCUGGGGUCCCUGCUGUAGUGAGGGGGGCUCUCAGGGUGUCUGGCUUGUGAUGCAAAACCUGUCGUGCUCUCCAUGGAAGAAAUAAGGAACUUAGCUGUAUUGUUCUGCCUCAGAGAACAAACUCAUCUACUGUAGGCCUAGCCUGGGUUGCUACCUUUGAAAGCAAGGGAAGGUCGGUACAAUAUCAACCACAGCUCAGCAUGGAAUUUCCAGAGAGGUUUUAUUUCAAAACUUUAUAAAGAUCGAGAACCACAUGGACUUCUGCAAGGGAGAUUGAACUGGCCUGAGUUUGAGCGAAAGGAUAAUGUGUGCCCAGCCUGUAACUAACACCAAAGAGGCCAGGUGGCAGAAGGUCUUGUAUGAGCGACAGCCUUUUCCUGAUAACUACGUGGAUCAGAGCUUCCUGGAAGAGCUCCGGAAGAACGUCUAUGCCCGGAAAUACCAAUAUUGGGCUGUGGUAUUUGAGUCCAGUGUGGUGAUACAGCAGCUGUGCAGUGUCUGUGUUUUUGUGGUUAUCUGGUGGUAUAUGGAUGAGGGUCUUCUGGCUCCCCAUUGGCUUUUUGGGACCGGCCUGGCUUCUUCACUGAUUGGCUAUGUUUUGUUUGAUCUCAUUGAUGGAGGUGAAGGACGGAAGAAGAGUGGGCGGACCCGGUGGGCUGACUUGAAGAGUGCCCUAGUCUUCAUAACUUUCACGUAUGGCUUUUCACCGGUGCUGAAGACUCUGACAGAGUCCGUCAGCACUGACACCAUCUACGCCAUGUCAGUCUUCAUGCUGUUAGGCCACCUCAUCUUCUUUGACUAUGGUGCCAAUGCUGCCAUUGUAUCCAGCACACUGUCCUUGAACAUGGCCAUCUUUGCUUCUGUCUGCCUUGCCUCACGCCUGCCCCGGUCCCUACAUGCCUUCGUCAUGGUGACAUUUGCCAUCCAGAUUUUUGCCCUAUGGCCCAUGUUACAGAAGAAACUGAAGGCAUGUACUCCCCGCAGCUAUGUGGGACUCACACUGCUUUUUGCAUUUUCAGCCUUGGGAGGCCUGCUGUCCAUUAGUGCUGUGGCAGCCAUACUCUUUGCCCUUCUGCUGGUUUCCAUCUCAUGCCUCUGCCCUUUCUACCUCAUUCGCCUGCAGCUUUUUAAAGAAAACAUUCAUGGGCCUUGGGAUGAGGCUGAAAUCAAAGAAGACUUGUCGAGGUUCCUCAGCUGAGUUAGGGACCUCCAUUCCGUUACUGAGACAAGCUGAUAGACCAGCCUUCCAACUAGUAGGAGAUUUGAAGGCAGAGUUCCAUUCUGGAAGUGGCAUAAUGAUGUGGGUGGGAGAUCAGAGAUCAAAAGAAAAAAAUUACCCAUAGGCUUGGGCAGUGAAGGUGCUUAUCCUUUCUGUUACUUUGUCGAUGAAAAAGCUUCCUGGGGCCCUCUUGAAUUAUUGCCUCUCAUUAUUAUUCUCUGUAACAAAUGAAGUGAUGUGGUUUCUGUUUAUUAAAAAAAUAAC